AACAGAAAGAACAUCAGAAUGGCAUCUCUGGAGUUGAACGCGCGCACGCACACAAUGGACAAUACAGGUCGACGCGGCCAGCUAGCGGCACCAAGCCGCCAACUACCUCCAGCGCCACCACCACGCAGUAGUACCUCCGUGCCGCAGUGGUGCACCCCGCGGCCCGCGCUUGACCCGUCGCCAUCUCGAAGCCCGUCGAACCAACGUGCUAUAUAAUCACGAGCCGUAUCGAGGGGCUUCUCGUCUCCUCCUCAGCCCCCGGCGUCCUUCCUUCAGCGCGCCGCCGCCGUGCUGUUAUUGCCGAUGGAAACCUCGGGGCGACACGGCGCCUCCGGCUGCUACACCCCUCCCGCGGCAGACAGGCUCUGGAGGCAGCGCUCCUCUCCGGCACCUGUUGUGUCCGCCUUCUUGCCGCGCGGCGGCCACGGUGGCCAGGCGCGAAGAAAGAUCAGGAGCGCGCGUCUGGGCGGGAUUGGGAAGGUUGGGCACCGCAACGGCGAGGAGGCGGAGUUGGGCCCUGCUGCCUUGCCAGGCGGCGGCAUGGGGUUCGCGCGAGCGCUGUGGAUGCGGAUCGUCACGAAGGUGAUGAGCCGGAGGGGUUCCUCCGUGAAGGAGCGGUACGCGCAGGAGGAUUACGAGCAAAACUUCGACGAGGGCGACGCGGCUGGGGAGCCCGAGAACCUCCCGCGGUCCUUCUCCGCGCGGUACGCCCGCCGGCGUCCUGCUGGGAUGGCGUUCUCGGAUAUAGCUCACCGCCGGCAUUUGCAUCCUGAUUGUGGGUAAUUAAAUCUUGUGAGGAGUUUGUGGACGUGAGAAACGAUCGCGUCAUCGACUCAUGGGUGUAGCUCAGACUGGUCUCUAUCUUUGAAGAAAAAAGAAUACUACCUCCUUUUUGGUUUAAA